AUGUGCAGCUGCCUGUGGCUGGGCCUGGUGUGGCUGCUGCAGGCACGAGCUCCCGGCGCUGCGGGGACCCCAAGCGGUCCGCGGACAGCACGCAGCUAUCCACACCUGGAGAGCGACGUGCGUUGGCGACGCCUCUACUCCACCCAUUUCUUUUCGUUGGUCCCCAGCUGCCUCGUGCAAGGCACCCGCGGGAGCCACAGCCCUGGCAGCAUUGUUAAGAUCUGCUCCAUCUGCAUGGGCAUGAUGGCCCUCAAAGCUGUGCACACUGGCUUCUUCGUGUCCAUUAGCCACCACAUCCACCUCUACGGGUCAGUAAGUGCAUGGUGGCGAUGCAGGUUCCAGGGGUGCAUUGAGGAGAACAGCUACAACACCUAUGCUUCAUUUCACUGGCAUCACCAAGCGCAGGACAGGCGGGGUGCCCCACAAUGUGGUGGCCAGACCUGGUGGCACCGCCUAUCCACCCACUUCCUUCCUGUCAUGGUCCCCUGA